AUGAGCAGCCGGCCUCGAAAGGACAUGCCUGAGACCCACAGCAGUCCCCUCUUGGUAGACUCUCUCUCUGACAGAUGCAGACUUUAUGAGUCAGAGUUCAUGUGCCCAACAUGGACCCCACGCUCCCCAGACAGCCACCCAGGUCUUCCUCUCCUGGAAAUGCCAGAAGAAAAGGGUCUCCGGUCAGCCAUGGAGGAUAAUCCUAUUGUGAAAAUUGAGAAACCCAGGAGAGAAAGGAGAGAAAGCACCAUGUCCCGUCGGAGCCCAGGCUUUGGUGGCAGCAACAUCAGUCUCUUCACAGCAGUGAGCUAUCUCACUGGUGAGAUGAAAGAGUACAGCAGUUGGAUAAAAGAUAAGCCAGUGGCUCUCCAGUUCAUCGAUUGGGUCCUGAGGGGGACAUCUCAGGUGAUGUUUGUUAAUAACCCAGUCAGUGGGUUCAUCAUCUUCAUUGGACUCCUGAUCCAGAAUCCCUGGUGGACAAUCACUGGAGGCCUGGGUGCAGUGGUUUCUACUUUGACUGCCCUUGCCUUGAGUCAAGACAGGUCUGCCAUUGCCUCAGGACUGCAUGGUUACAAUGGCAUCCUGGUGGGACUCCUGAUGGCCGUGUUCUCGAAGAAGCUGGACUACUACUGGUGGCUUCUAUUUCCAGUUACCUUUACCUCCAUGACAUGCCCACUCCUUUCCAGUGCCUUAAGUUCCAUCUUCAGCAAAUGGGACCUCCCUGUCUUCACUCUCCCAUUCAACAUUGCUGUGUCACUAUACAUGGCAGCCACGGGCCAUUACAACCUCUUCUUCCCCACGACGCUGGUGCAGCCCAUCACCUCAGUGCCCAACAUCACCUGGUCUGAGAUUGAAGUGCCUCUGCUCUUACAAGCCAUUCCAGUUGGGGUUGGUCAGGUGUAUGGCUGCAAUAACCCCUGGACGGGCGGCGUUUUCCUGGUGGCCCUCUUUGUUUCCUCGCCACUCAUUUGUCUCCAUGCAGCUAUCGGCUCCACUGUGGGCAUGCUAGCAGCCCUGACAGUGGCCACCCCCUUUGCAACCAUCUACAUGGGCCUGUGGAGCUACAACUGCGCCCUCUCUUGCAUUGCCAUUGGCGGCAUGUUCUACGCUCUCACCUGGCAGACACAUCUCCUAGCACUCAUUUGUGCUUUAUUCUGUGCCUACAUGGGAGCAGCUCUCGCCAACAUGAUGUCAGUGGUUGGUUUGCCACCCGGCACAUGGCCCUUCUGCCUGUCCACCCUAAUUUUCCUGCUUCUGACAACCAACAACUCUGCCAUCUAUAAGCUACCGCUCAGCAAAGUCACGUACCCAGAAGCCAACCGGGUCUACUACCUGACAGUGAGAAGCACGGAAGAAGAGAAAUGCCCCACCGGUGGCAGUGAGGAAUACUCUCCCAAAGUUGAAGAGAAAGCUGAUGAGAGCCUGGAGGCUGUCCUGCCCAGGCGACGGAGCAUAUUUCACAUUGAAUGGUCAUCUAUACGGAGGAGAAGCAAAGUACUUGGAAGAGCUGAACACCAAGAAAGACAAAGCAGGGAUCCAUUUCCCUAUCCCUACCGAAAGCCAACACACGAAUUUCUUGAUCUCAGUGACAACAUGGAGGACGGCACUGAAAUUAAGGUGGAGACAAGUGUGACCAAGACCUCUCGGAUCCAAAGUUCCUUGGCUAAUGGUGGGAAAAGACUCAGCAAAGCCUUUAGUUAUAUCACAGGCGAAAUGAAGGAAUGUGGAGAGGGGCUUAAAGACAAGUCUCCAGUAUUCCAGUUCCUGGAUUGGAUCUUAAGGGGCACGUCCCAAGUGAUGUUUGUCAACAACCCUCUCAGCGGUCUCAUCAUCAUCCUUGGCCUCUUCGUCCAGAACCCCUGGUGGGCUAUCUCAGGCUGUUUGGGAACCAUCAUCUCUACUCUGACAGCCCUUCUUCUGAGUCAGGACAGGUCAUCUAUCGCAGCAGGACUUCAUGGCUACAAUGGGGUACUGGUGGGCUUGCUGAUGGCUGUGUUCUCAGAGAAAGGAGAUUAUUACUGGUGGCUUUUGCUCCCUGUCAUUGUUAUGUCCAUGACCUGCCCAAUUCUUUCCAGUGCCCUGGGCUCUAUCUUCAGCAAAUGGGACCUCCCUGUCUUCACUCUCCCAUUCAACAUUGCUGUGUCACUAUACAUGGCAGCCACGGGCCAUUACAACCUCUUCUUCCCCACGACACUGGUGCAGCCCAUCACCUCAGUGCCCAACAUCACCUGGUCUGAGGUCCAAGUACCUUUGCUGCUAAGAGCCAUUCCUGUUGGAAUUGGCCAGGUAUACGGCUGUGAUAACCCCUGGACUGGCGGCAUUUUCCUCGUAGCCCUUUUCAUCUCUUCACCGCUUAUUUGCUUGCAUGCUGCGAUUGGAUCUACCAUGGGGAUGUUAGCAGCCCUUACUUUGGCAACACCUUUUGAUUCCAUCUACUUUGGCCUGUGGGGCUUCAACAGUACGCUGGCCUGCAUAGCCAUAGGAGGAAUGUUCUAUGUCAUCACCUGGCAGACACACCUCCUGGCAAUCACCUGUGCACUGUUUGCAGCCUACUUGGGAGCUGCCCUGGCCAACAUGUUAUCUGUGUUUGGAUUGCCUCCGUGUACCUGGCCCUUCUGUCUCUCAGCACUCACCUUCCUAUUACUGACCACCAACAACUCGGCCAUCUACAAGUUACCACUCAACAAAGUCACCUACCCGGAAGCCAACCGACUCUACUACUUGUCUCAGGAAAGGAACCGGAGGGCCUCCAUCAUGACCAAAUAUCAAGCCUACGUCGUUUCCUAAGCUGCCAUGCCAGGACCACGUGCAGCCCCUCAUCGUCCAGAGCCAGAGCUUUUCCUAGGGAACGCCCAUGACCCCACUCCUCGUGGCCAUUCCAUGAUCCUCUGCAGCAAGCAAUCCAUCAGUUACCUUCAUUACUAAUCAUCGUCAGAGAAACAAGUCAUUGUAAUUUAUGUGAUACGUAAUCCUUAGAGCACUGUUAUUUACACCUUCUGUAGGCUACAUACUAGACUUUAAAGAGUUCCGUUCGGGGAAAUUCCUUUACCACUCCUAGAAAAAUCAAGCUUUAAAAUGUAAACCGUGUCCUGCAGUAUAAGAACCCCAAGGAGGAAAUGAGCCAGUUUUGUUUUGGUUUUUAAUCUAAUAAUGAACAUCAGUGGGAGUAAUUGGGUCACUAGGAGAUGACCAAAAGCCUCGUCUCCCUGAUUCAGAGAAGUACGUAGGACACUAGGUUGGAAAAUCAGUAAAUGUGGCUUCCAGUCCCUGCUCUGCCAAAACCCUACUGUGUGACUUCUGGCCAAUUCCAACUUCUCUGGGCUUCAAGUUCUUCCUCUGUGGAAUAAAAGCCACUGGCCCAGAUGCCUUCUGAGGUCUUCCCAAGUCCUAAAGUGUUCUGAUCCUAAGCUUUUCUAUAAUGCCAAAAUGUCAGCCUUGUCCAAAAUGGGAGGGCUUUGAGCCACAAUGAAAAAGAAGAUUUAUAAUAUCCAAGCAAUAAAAAUAAUACCUGUCAAAUUGUAGGAGCUUUUUAAAGCCGUGGCUGUUCUAUUAACCCAAGGCUGGAACACUGAUUGUGCAAGCAGGUUUGUUUGUUCCGUGGCUGGGGUUCUGGAAUCAGUGUCCUGGGAUUGCAUUUUCUGUCAAUUGAAUCAUAUUUCAAAUUCACAAAGGAACCUGUUGUCUAAAGCCAAGGCCUCUGGGAACAAAGGAAGAACCAUCCCCAGUUUAUCUGUCUUAAAAACCCAGUCAAGGAGAAAAGUAGGUUUUCCAAAAGACUAGACUCUCUCAUUUAAACUUUACCUGUUUCAGGCUUUUUCCAAAGCUUUUUUUUUUUUUAAACCCUUACCUUCCAUCUUGGAAUCAAUACUAUAUAUAUUGGUUCCAAGGCAGAAGAAUGGUAAGGGCUAGGCAAUGGGGGUCAAGUGACUUGCCCAGGGUCACACAGCUGGAAGUGUCUGAGGCCAGAUUUAAACCCAGGACCUCCUGUCUCUAGAUCUGGCUCUUGAUCCACUGAGCUACCUAGCUGCCCCCCCCCCCCCAACGAUUUUUAAAUGUCAAAGAGAAAGAGAGGCUAGCCUGAGGACACCUGACAGCUGGCUGAAAACUUGGAAAUUAGUCUUGGACACAAGAGAAUAUUUUUGUGGAAAAAGGCUAGUUUUCUCUUUUAAUUAUAGGUGCUUUAUUUAAAAACCUGCAAUUUGGGCAAUCAGGUGGUACAAUAGAUAGAGCACAUGGCCUGGAGUCAGGAAGAUCUAAAUUCAAAUCUGGCUUCCACUUAACCCCUAUUUGCCUCAGUUCCUUGUCUGUAAAAUGGGGACAGAGUGGAGAAGGAAA